AUGAAUACUUUUCUUGUUGCUUCUCUUGCAAAUAAAACUGAUCCUAAAUUCCGUGGUUAUCAUCUUAGUACACUUGUAACAAGGUCACACUCCCCGAAGGCCACAUCCAGUUUCUACUCUCCCAUCCACCUUGCAGCUGCUCAGAGAAGAUGGGCUUCUCAAAAUUCAGCUGCAACUGACGACAGCAGGAUCAGCAUUGGACCACGUCGAGGGGCAGAGGGUGUGGAGGAUGAAAAGGACUCUGGUGUUGUUUAUUAUGGUCCAAUUUCAUCAACCAUCAAGAAAGUGAAGCUUCUCUCUCUUUCAACCUGCUGUCUCUCCGUAUCUCUAGGCCCAGUCAUAACCUUCAUGACAUCUCCAGGUAUGAACGUAAUCUUGAAGGGUGCAGUGGCGUCAUCCGUGAUAUUUCUCAGUGCUACUACCACUGCUGCCCUUCACUGGUUUGUGAGCCCCUACAUUCACAAACUGAAGUGGCAGCCAGGUUCAGAUAGCUUUGAGGUGGAGAUGUUGACAUGGUUGGCAACAUAUACGCCACAGACUAUUAAGUUUGCUGAUAUUCGACCACCAGAGACCCAAAGGCCUUUCGUGACAUUUAAAGCCAAUGGGAAGUUCUACUUUGUUGAUGCAGAGCACUGUCAGAACAAGGCCUUGUUGGCGAGACUGACCCCUCAAAAAUCAACUCAAGAAUCGGCUUUUAAAAAUCUGUAAGGUAUUUACACAAGCCUCGGGUCAGCUUGAGCCUUUGGGGGUGUUUAAACAAUUGCCUUUUGAUAAGAGAUACACCAACUUUAGUGGUUUUGAUUCAAAAGUUCAUUUAUUAUAUGAAGGCUAGAAGGCCAGAAUUUCCUGGAAAUUUUGGUCAAAUGAGGUUUUGCUAGUUGUAAUAAUAUUUGGCUACAAUUUCAUGGAUUA